CAGAAACCCGGAAAUAUCCUAUUCAAAGAGCUCAACGUCACGUGUGCGCUGAAGAGCUGUCAUGUGGUUAACUGGGAGACGGCUCAUGUCGACAUCUGAUUGGCCGGGAAACAGCAGGGCGGGAGGAGCGGAAAAAAUGGAGGCAAAAAUAGAAAUGAUGGCGGUGACAGCUCAGUGCGAUCUGCUCAGAGGAUAAAGGCGGAGGCUGACGUCACCCAGCAGCGUUUUAAACUGUGAGCUUCAGCAGAGACGGUUUAAAAACAUCAGUUUCAUAGAAAUACAAACAGAGGAGGCUGAAGCACAGCAGCUGUUAUUAACGCAGGUAACAGGAUGUUGUGCCCCAGCGUCUUCCAGCCGUCCCCCGCCGCCAUGACGCCUUUCCUGGACCUGCACUGGCCCGUCCGCAGCCUGUGGCCCGAGACCCGGCCGCUCUUCUACCACAUGGAGCGGGAGAUGAUCCGUCACAUGCAGGAGAUGAAGCAGAGCAUCGAGUUCAUGGAGAGGUUGCACCAGAAGAUCUUUGAGGAGAUCGAUCAGACGUCCUCCUGCACGGGGGCCUUCAAGCCCAUCGCCUUCCAGGAGCUGGGGAGGGACGGCACCACCUUUGCCCUCAGCCUGGACACGAAGGAGUUCUCCCCGGAGGAGCUGUCGGUGAAGCAGGUGGGUCGCAAGCUGAGGGUGAGCGGCAGGACGGAGAAGAAGCAGGAUGAUGGGAAGGGCUCCUACACCUACAAGUGCCAGGAGUUCAGGCAGGAGUUCGACCUGCCGGACGGCGUCGACCCCGAGGCUGUCACCUGCUCGCUGGCGGGCGGCCAGCUGCAGAUUCAGGCGCCGCGGGAGAACCCCGCCAAUGACGGGAAGGAGAGGAUCGUCCCCAUCAGCUUCACCUCAGCCCCGGCCGUCACCGCCUCCUCCUCCAGCGCUGGAGCAGAGGGAAACGGCACCCCCACCUCAGAGAGCACCCCCGCAGAGAAAAACUGAAGCCUCCCAGGAGUCUUUGUUCUGUAGUUUUAUGGGAACGUGGAGCUUUUUCACUCUUUGUAAUAAACUGUCAAGGUUAGCUUACAGCGAUGACUCAUCACCUAUACGUGAACAGAGUGAAGCGCCUUCGUCUCCCUGGUGUAGCGUUAUCUGCCAGAUGGAGGCGACAUGGAGCUGAUUCAUACCCCCCACCACCCCCCACUAAUACUUGGUUAAAUGGUCCUUAGAUAUUUGCACCUUGCCCCGAUACUGGUUUCAUCACCGUUCUCUGCAUAACUGGUAAAGUUCCUUUAAACUCCGUGUCAGGGCUGAGGUCUGAACACACACCUGUGUCCAAACAUCUGGCUGCUGAUUGAGCUGAAGUUAAAGAACCUUCAAUGUUUCCCUGAUGUUUGCUGUUAAUCCAUUUUUAAUAAGGACUGAACCUGCAUGUGCUUCCUGCACCGUCCAUAAACUGGCGGCGUGCGCCUUUAACCUGUGACUGUGAGCGAAUAAAGACACGAGACACCAGUUUUUCCCCUUUCUUUGUAAAAUAAUUCUCAAUAAACUUAAUUUAUUCACAAA